CCGGUGGGCUCCUUCACGAGUGCGGCAGCCCUGCCAGCCCUGCACCAGCAGCAGGGUCACAGCCAUGUCUCUGUUCGCUGUGGAAAGAAGCAUAAGCUAGAAGAAGAGGCGGAAGGUUGUCCUGUGAGGAAGAAGAGACUGACAGGAGCCAAAAAUUGCCCUUUGAAUCCCAACACAGAAGAAUGGAUUCUCUGUGCAGGUCAGCAGGCAGCUGGGGAGGUAGCAAGUCAGUAUGGUGGCAGCGGUCCUGAAACUGCCAUGUUAGAAAUUCCCUGUGAAGAAAUGGAUCAGACAAUGGGGGAACAGCAAUGCGAGGUUGCUCGCAGGAAGCUUCAGGAAAUUGAGGACAGGAUAAUUGAUGAAGAUGAGGAAGUUCAUGCUGAUGGAAAUGUUAGCAAUCUGCCCACUCUUAUCCUGUCAGAUACCCUUAAAAAAGGGAUGAAGAGGGAUUUUGGUGAAGUCCUGACAAAGAAAAUAAUAGAAUCUAUGAGCCGUCCUUCUAUGGAGCUGGUGCUUUGGAAACCUCUUCCUGAAUUUCUCACAGAUAAACUGAAGUCUGUUUCUGUUAAGAACUUCAAGCAGCAGAGUACAGAAGGGUGUCAAGCUAAGCAGUCAACGCCAAGAGCUGCUUUUGACCCACAGACUGAAACAUUCCCCGAACCACAACAGACUGCCAUGUCUCCAGAUCCCUAUGCUAGUUUGGGAAUCUCUGGGUGUGCAGAAGAAGAAAUGGAGUUGUAGAUGCCAGAUUUUAGACUGAAAGUGGUGAGCUUCUGAUGUUUUUUGUUGCUGUUUUUUGACUCCCUCUUUCUUUCUGGUUUGAUGCGUGAUUCUGAAGUUUUAUUAUUUGGCUUUGUUUUUCCUACUAACAACGUUAAGAAUGUGGAUUGGCCAGACACAACUUAAGGGAACUGAAAAAAACCCCCAAGAUUUCUGUACUUCGGUCUAUUAAAUAUUCUUGGUUUUAAUGAGAAGGUAAUCCAGAGGCCUCUGGAACAAGGAAGUAGCUGUCCAUCUUGUUUAAUGCUGAAAUAUCCUCCUAAUUGUCCUUGGUAAAGUAGAAAAUCUAAACAUUGAAUGUAACUGGCUUAAGCCACAUCUUUCACUUACUGAGCCAUUAAGACCUUGGUGCACAUACUGCGCUUGGUCAGUUAGUUUGAGUUACAAAAAGGUAUGGAAAGGAAGAAAUACUUUUGAGUCUAGUCACAGGUAGAAAAGCGAUCCCUGUGGAAAUACAGCUUUUCACACAGUUUCCUCUGUGGCUGGUUUGUACUUGAUGUAAACUCAAAUGUAGAAAUUACACAUUCUGCAGUGUGGUAGGGAAGGAAUGUUACAGCUGAGCAUAAGCAUCUUGCUUUACAGAAAGUAAAGCCAGCUAUUGACUCCCAGGGCAUCUACUAACUUCAGUCAUUUUUGGUUCGUUGACUCCUAAAUUGUCUGUGGGUUUCCGAUGCUCCCCAAAUGAUGCAAAGUCUGGAGAAAAGUGGUUCUCAGCCAAUUGACUCACAUUUUACAUUAUGCUGUGAUUCCUCAUAUGCAUCAAGUUGGAAGGUCAGUUGAAGACAGUGUAGCUUUUGAUUAAAUAAAUGGCAUCCUUUUAAUUUUGAUGAACAUGGUAAGUAAAUCGGAUAACAGCCGAUAUUCUGGCGUAAAGAGGGUCAAAUGCUGAUUAUCAUCUGUGACCAAGUCCCAGACUUUGAGACUGGUGGCAUUGGUGGUGAAGUAAAAAAGAUACUUGUCUUCUUCCUGAAGGAAUCUAGACUGAAAAUUUAAGCCAGAACGUGUGCCACUAACAUAACAUCACAUAGUUUAUACAGAUGUAUGCCAAAAUAAUUUUGUACUCUGCUUAGGGUGUUAAGAAAAGGAAUCCUCAGUGAGUUACUGCUUGUAGCUUUUAUCAAUGCACAACAGUUCCAUUACGCUUAAAACCCUUAAACAAGGCAGAGAAUCUUACCUUCUGUUCUUAAGACCUUGAGCUUUCUCAGAGAUAGCUGAAUUGAGGCUUUUUGUAAGAAAUUCCUCUCCAAGUAAUAGGUUCUGUUCAGAGCCUUAGCAUCCCAGUCUGGUUUUGACAUCUUGCUAACAUAAAGGAGCAAGUACACAGUAAUGCAGCUAUCUGCAUAAGAAAAUCUACUCUUCCUUUGCACCGCUAACUGAUAAUCUUUGUGAUGGUAUUUUUUUACUGUCGAAUAACCCAUAGUCCAUAGUUAAAAUCAAGCUUCUCUUUUUGCUGUCAUCCUUUCUUUCCUUUUGGCUGACAGC